AUGGCGGAGCUUGAUAAGGAUGAGCUCGCGUCACAUCGAGCUCUCCACGAGAAAGCCUUGAAAGUCGCCCCUCAAUCUGGAAAAGAAGCGGGCGAAUAUUGGGCAGCUGUACUUGAUCCCGACUUGAAUGUCUUGAAUUGGGACUCGAAAGAUUUACAUUGGUUCAAGGUCAAAGGCAAACACACUGUCGCGAAAGUACAAAACGCCUACUACAAGAUAUGUGAUGUCAUGACCCAGCUUCGUCAAGGAAAUCACAUAGUACCCUUGACAAGUCAAAUGAAGCAGAUCAAUCACUUCAAGGAUGAUGUUAUCAUCUUUUGGAGCACAAAAAAUACUUCUGGAGAUGAGAAUUCUAAUAUCAGCAAAGAGCCAUUACAAUCAGUCGGUGCUUCCACUCAGAAUCGCAUGUCGUUCACCACUCAAACGCCCGCAAAGAUCAAGCCUGAUCCUGAAUUGGACUCAAUUAGAAUGAAGACAGAACCAAAUCUCUUAGCUGUCUCUUCAAGUCCUUUUGAAACUCCUACCAUCUCUAGCUUCCAGUCUCAGGCUGCACAGCGCGGAACACCUAUACCUUCGGGAUCGGGAUCAGGAUCAGCACAGUCUAGCGCUCUUGCAUUGAAAACUAUCACAGGAUAUAAUAUGUUUGCUGACGCUCAUCGCUGUAACUAUUUGCAUUCUAAAACUUCACCUGCUGCAGUCGAAGCUUCCUUGAAGAAAUCCUGGACUGUUUUGACUCCUGCAACGCGUGAAUAUUGGGAAUUGAAGGUUCCUAAACUAUCAAGCAAAAAUCCUACGCCAGUAAACCCUUCUGCGCCAGAUUUUCGGCUAGGUUACGGGUUCUUUUCUGAACUCCAUAGUGCGAACUAUACAAGCUCAAGCGCUACACCUGCUGAAAUUGAGUCUUCCUUGCGGCGCACCUGGGAUAAAAUGGCAGCUGAAACCCGUGAGUACUAUUCAACGAAAGCUGCUCAAACAUCGGAUCUCUAUGCAUUGAACAAUGGUUCUUUAUCGCCUAGACCUGUCGUUGAUACCAAACCCGAACCAGGAAGUUUCGGUUCCUCAGCCAAUGGCCGCCCUACAUCCAUGGCCAGAGAUGAUAGUGUGGUGGAAUCUGAAGACUAUGCUUCACCCAAGGAUGAAGAUGGAACCCCAGAGCCAGACCUACCUAAUGCGGAACUUGCAAAAACUAGGCUUCAAAAGAUCAUCGAAGCUAGCUCGCCGGAGAUCCUCGAGGCAGAGGUCAAAAAAACAAACAAUUUCCUCGCCGAGUUAAAAACUCGAUUUAAUGUACCAGAAGCUCAAUCACAUCAAGAUACAAAACAUUGGCUUCAACAAAUCGAAAUCUUACUAGCCCAAGGUGUGGAUACUCCAACUAUUAUUGGUGUUGUUGGAAACACUGGUGCAGGCAAGAGUAGUGUAAUCAAUGCCAUGCUUGAUGAAGAACGCUUAGUUCCUACCAAUUGGCAAGUCGUCCAACGCAAUUGA